CACGUGUUGUUUUCGGGACCUUGUCAGAAAUCGUGUGCUCUUUUGUGUUUUUAAAUUAUUCGGCAGAAAAGCGUAUUUUUACAUCUAUAGUCCUCCACAGCGACAGACAUGGGCAAGAAGUUAAAAGUCGGGAAGACUAGGAAAGAUAAAUUCUAUCAUCUAGCAAAGGAGACGGGUUAUCGCUCCCGCUCAUCUUUCAAGCUCAUUCAGCUGAACCGUAAAUUUCAGUUCCUUCAGAAGGCUCGGGCUCUGGUGGACCUGUGUGCUGCUCCUGGUGGAUGGUUGCAGGUCGCCUCCAAGUUUAUGCCAGUUUCAAGUCUCAUCAUUGGUGUUGACCUGGUGCCCAUUAAGCCCAUUCCGAAUGUGGUCACACUGCAGGAGGACAUCACCACUGAGAAGUGCCGACAGGCUCUCAGGAAGGAACUGCAGACAUGGAAGGUGGAUGUUGUUCUGAAUGACGGAGCACCCAAUGUAGGAGCGAACUGGCAGCACGAUGCCUAUUCCCAAGCCCACCUCACUCUUAUGGCCCUUAAGCUCGCCUGCGAGUUCUUGACCAAGGGGGGGAGCUUUGUCACCAAGGUCUUCCGCUCCAAGGACUACCAACCCCUCCUGUGGAUUUUCCAGCAGUUUUUCAAGAAGGUCCAGGCCACCAAGCCCCAGGCCUCGCGUAACGAGUCUGCUGAGAUCUUCGUCAUCUGCCAAGGCUACCUCGCUCCUGACAAAAUCGAUGGUAAAUUUUUUGACCCCAAACACGCCUUCAAAGAGGUGGAGGUUCAAGCAAAGACUGUUAAGGAGCUGGUACCUGUGAAGAAACCUAAGGCGGAGGGCUACACAGAUGGUGAUCUGACCCUUUAUCACAGCUUCUCAGUGACCGAGUUCCUCCGAGCUGAGAACCCAGUGGACUUCCUGAGCAAAGCCAGUGAGAUAUCUUUCGAUAACCCAGAGUUGACCUCUCAUCCCUCUACAACGCAAGAGAUCCAAGAGUGCUGUCGUGACAUCAAGGUGCUUGGCCGCAAGGAGCUCCGCCUUCUGCUGUCCUGGAGGGGAAAGCUACGGCGAUAUCUGGCCAAAAAACUAAAGGAGGAGGCCAAGCAACUUGACCAGGAAAUCAGCUUGAGCUCCAGCGAAGGGGAGAGUGAUGCAGAUGAGAAGCAAGCAAGCAAGAAAAAGGGCUCUGAUGUGAAGGAAGAGGAAGAUGAGGACGAAGAGGAGGAAAUGGACAAGAAGCUGGCCGAGCUCAAAGCCGAGGAGCUGGCAGAACUGCGGCGGAAGAAGAAGAAGCUGCUGAAGGAGCGCCGGAAGCAGAGGGAGAGAGUCGAGCUGAAGAUGGACCUGCCAGGUGUCUCCAUUGCCGAUGGCAACGACUCCUCCAUGUUCUCACUCAGCGCAAUCAACAAGGCCAAGGCUCUGUGGGAGAUCUCACAGGGAGACAUGAAGGGCGCGGACGCUCUCUUGCAAGAGCAGGAGGAAGGUGAGGAGGACCUGUACCUCUCCGACGCUGAGAGCGACCGAGUCUCCCUGGCCUCUGACCUGGACUCCGACGACCUGGAAGAAAUAAAGGAAAGAGAAAAAAAACUGGAGGAGACAGCACCCAAGAAAAAGGUGUCCUUCAGUGCUGAAGUAGAGGAGGAGGACGAAGAGGAUAAGGAAGGCCAGGGCAAUGAAUUGCUGGUGGAACUCGAGGGAAAGGAGGAGAAGAGAGACCGUGAGACUGCCUUGUGGUUCAGCAAGGACAUCUUUGCAGAGUUGGAUUUGGAUGCUGAUGCAGAGACCGAGAUCAAGCAGACACAGAGGCUGCAGAGCAGAGAGUCCAGUGGGAAGGGCCGAAAGAGAAAGGCCGAAGAGGCAAAUGCAUCUGCUGAGCAGCAGGAGGAAGGGGCGGGGCCUUUCCAGGAAGCAGAGGACAUGACCAAGGAUCAGGAGGAGAGUAACACUGACAGCGACUCUGACGACGACAGCAGCAGCAGCGAUGACGAGAGGGACAUCGCCCAAAUGAAGAAGAAUGCAGGGAGGUCUGGUGGGGGUGCAGGAGGAGAUGAUGAUGCGGACUUUAAAGUGGUGCCUGUGGAGAGCACGAGUAAGCGUGCUCGCAUUCUAGAUCCAGAGGGCCUGGCUCUGGGCUGUCAGAUCGCCACCUCCAAGAAAAAACAGAGAGACCUGAUGGAUGGCUCCUUCAACAGGUUCUCGUGCUCAGAGUACAUGACGGAGUUGCCGGAGUGGUUCGUCGACGAUGAGAAGAAACAUAGACGGAAGCCAGUGCCGGUGACCAGGGAAAUGGUGGAGGAGUACAAGCAGCGCUGGAAAGAGAUCAACGCCCGACCCAUCAAGAGGGUGGCUGAGGCCAAGGCCCGCAAGAAGAGGAGGAUGCUGAAGAAGAUGGAGCAAGCAAAGAAGAAGGCUGAGGCUGUGGUGAACACCGUGGACAUCUCUGAGAGGGAGAAGAUGGCCCAGCUCAAGAGCAUCUACAGGAAGGCGGGCGUGGGGAAGGAGAAGAGAGAGGUGACCUACGUGGUGGCCAAGAAGGGAGCGGGGAAGAAGGUGCGGCGGCCAGCGGGCGUGAAGGGGGUGUUCCGCGUGGUGGACGGCAGAAUGAAGAAGGACAUGAGGGGCAUGCAGAGGAAGGAGCAGAGGCAAAAGGGCAAGGGGGGCAAAGCAGGGAAAGGAGGAAAGGGGAAGAAAGGGGGUAAGGGGAUGAAGGGGGGAAAAGGACGUCCCAACAGAAAAUAACCCCAUGCUCACCCCCCAGAUGACCCCCUCUUGACAAUGUUGCUCUGCUGCAGCAUGUGGUGGCUGUUCUUAGGUGAACAGGCAUGCUGUGAAUGAGAAGGCCGCAGUGGACCGGAGGCCGGAGGAUUAUGGGUACCCACAAUUCUGCGGUGGCCUCCCUCAAGAUUCUCUACCAUCCAGCCUGUACCAUUCGGCUGCUUCUCACAGCCAAAUAAUUAGCAGGUGUUUAAAGGAUUACCUUUUGAUUCAGGUAAUUUCACUUGACAUCCCAGUCCACUAUGAAACAAUUUGUACCAUAUUCACCUUAACUGCAGUCAAGAAGUUAAGAUGCAACAGUGUUCUCUGAUGCCCUGAGCCCCAGCUGAGCUAUGUGGUUGUAAUAAGGACAAUGUCAAGGGCAAAUUAUUGU